AUGGCCGCACGCAGCGCAGCUCUCAAGGUCGACUGGGCCAAGAUCACCACCUCGCUCGGCCUUCGCGGCCAGACGGUCGCCGGCCUCCAGGCCUUCAAGAAGCGCAACGACGACGUCCGCCGCAAGGUCCAGCAGCUUUCCGAGCUCCCCACCACCGUCGACUUUGCCCACUACCGCUCCGUCCUCAAGAACCAGGCCGUCGUCGACGAGAUCGAGAAGCGCUUCACGGCCUUCAAGCCCGCCACCUAUGACGUCUCCCGCCAGCUCAAGGCGAUCGAUGUGUUCGAGGCCGAGGCCGUCAAGAAUGCCGAGGCGACCAAGCAGAAGGUCGACUUGGAGCUGAAGGACCUGGAGAAGACGCUGGCCAACAUUGAGAGCGCCAGGCCGUUUGAGGAGCUUACUGUUGAUGAGGUUGCUGCUGCUGAGCCGAGCAUUGAUGAGAAGACUGCCAAGUUGGUCAGCAAGGGCCGCUGGUCUGUGCCUGGGUACAAGGAGAAAUUCGGCGAUCUUUCCGUCCUUUAA